UGUCUGUUGUGCAGUUUGCCUCUGAGCCACAAAAGGUUUCUUUCCACUGUGUCUUUUUCUCCAUAUAUCAUGCCUCGUCUUUCCUACAAAAGUUGACCUUGGACCCAAGCUGCACAUGCUGAACGCUGGAGCAGCAGAUAGUCUCUCUGGAAAGAUACUGGAGCAGGUCAUCGAGCGAUCAGUUUCUAACACCAUACAGGACAAGUAACAGCCAGCAUGGAUUUGUCAAGAGCAAGCCUUGCCUAACCAACCCAGUUUUCUUCUGGGACAAGAACCCCGAGGUAUGGAUCUUUGGCAGCUGUUAUUUACAUUGGCACUGAUCUGUGCAAAUGAUUCUCUUCCUACGAGUGAGGUUCCUUUGGGUGAACCACAGAUCGUCAAGUGCAGAUCACCUGAGAUGGAGACAUUUUCUUGCCAUUGGACUGAUGGAGAUGUUCACAACCACACUGCUCCAAGAACAAUGCAACUGUUGUACAUGAAAAGGGGUGAUGAAGAAUGGAAAGAAUGUCCUGAUUAUGUAACUGCUGGAGAAAACAGCUGUUAUUUCAAUACAUCUUACACCUCUGUUUGGAUACCUUAUUGUGUUAAACUUGCCAAUGAAAAUAAAGUGUUUGAUGAGAAAUGCUUCAGUGUUGAUGAAAUAGUACUACCUGAUCCCCCUAUUAAUCUCAACUGGACUCUACUUAACAUCAGCCUAACUGGGAUCCAUGUGGACAUUCAAGUAAGAUGGGAGCCACCACCAACAGCAGACGUUCGUAAGGGGUGGGUUACCCUGGAGUAUGAGCUGCAGUACAAAGAAGUAAAUGAGACAAAAUGGAAGGAGCUAGAACCCGUGUGCUCCACAACAGUUCCAUUGUACUCUCUGAAGAUGGGACGAGAUUAUGAGAUACGAAUCCGAUCAAGGCAACGGACUUCUGAAAAAUUUGGGGAGUUCAGUGAAACCCUUUCUGUGUCUUUUUCUAUGGCUAGUGAAGCAGUUCUGUGUGCUGAAGAAAUCCAGUUUCCAUGGCUCUUCAUUGUCAUCUUUGGAACAUGUGGGCUAGUGGUGGUGAUGUUCUUAAUUCUGUUCUCUAAACAAAGGUUAAAAAUGCUGAUUCUCCCUCCAAUUCCAGCUCCAAAGAUUAAAGGGAUUGAUCCAGACCUGUUGAAGAAAGGAAAACUAGAGGAAGUGAACUCCAUUUUAGCCAGCCACGACAGCUACAAGCCACAGCUGUACAACGAUGACUUGUGGGUUGAAUUUAUUGAGUUGGACAUAGAUGACCCUGAUGAAAAGACCGAAGGAUCCGAUACAGACAGGCUCCUGAGUGAUGCCCACAUGAAGUCUCACAGCUGCCUUGGCGUGAAGGAUGAUGAUUCUGGACGAGCCAGCUGUUGUGAACCAGAUAUGCCAGAGACUGACUUUAGUGCUAGCGACACGUGUGAUGGCACCUCAGAUACUGAUCAGUCCAAAAAGAUAAGUGAAAAAGAGGAGACUCUCUUGUGCCUUGAUCAGAAAGAUAAUAAUAAAUCAUUUACGAAUCUAGAUGACCCAGCAAACCAGCAACUUAUUAGUCAGUCUGAAGAUAACCAGUCAAGACCACCUUUUGCUGACAGUAUUGAAUCACUUAGCCCAGUUCCACCGGUCCGUACCCAGCUAAGCAACCAGAGCUCAGUGACAAAUAUUGACUUUUAUGCACAGGUAAGUGACAUUACGCCAGCAGGAAGUGUUGUACUUUCACCGGGGCAAAAAAAUAAGACAGGGAGAGCACAGUGUGAGGCCCAUACAGAACCAGCUGCACAGUGUCAAUCGAACUUCACCAUGGACAAUGCCUAUUUCUGCGAAGCAGAUGUGAAAAAAUGUAUCGCUGUGACUUCUCAUGAAGAGGUUGAGCCACAUGUUCAGGAUCAGAGCUUUAAUGAGGACACUUACUUCACCACAGAGAGCCUUACCACUACGGCUGUGAAUCCUAGCACAGCAGCAGAAGAAGCCUCAAGUUCCGAGAUGCCUGUCCCAGACUAUACCUCCAUUCACAUAGUACACUCUCCACAAGGCCUUGUGCUCAAUGCUACAGCAUUGCCUGUGCCAGACAAAGAAUUUAUGGUAUCAUGUGGCUACGUGAGCACAGACCAAUUAAACAAAAUCAUGCCAUAGCUUUUCUUUGACUAUGUGCAUAUAAUAUGUAUUUAAUGGCAUAGAGUUGGCUUGGGCUUGUAUGCUUGAACCAAAAAAAUGUUUAAAUUUUUUUUGUGGUUCUUAAGCUUUUACCUGAAAUGUUGAAGCAUACACCAUUAAUCAAAAUAUUCUUCUUGUGUACUGUAAAUAUUAUCUAUGAAUUGUCUCAAGAGACUGGUUAGUGGCAACAGCUGUCUUGUUAUUGUGGGUGUUGAUUUUUGUGAAACUGAGCAUCAAAUGACUAUGUUAAAUGUACAGUAAAUCAUACUUUUUGAAAAAGCUAAAAUCAGUUGGUUUUUGAAGCUUAAGAAUUUAAUGUUAAUUACACUACAAGCUGAGAUCUUUAUAUUAAUUAGGGUUGGGAAGUUGAUUGGUCAAAUAUCAGUCAAAACUUGUAAAAAAAUUGCCAAUAGGUCCAAAUAAUACACAGAAAAAGCACAAAUUUUCCAUUAAGAAAUGUAUCAAAAACAAUAAAGAUCAUAUGUCUGUCAAGAAAACUAUGAAAAAAGGGGGGAGGGAAGGGGGUGUUGUAAAAGUGCUAUAAUUUUUGACUGGUCAAAAAAUAUGCAGUCAAUUGACUGGUCAAUUGACAAUAUUUGACCAGUCAAUUGACUGGCUUGCAAACCCCAAUAUUAAUAAUUGGGCACUGAAAAUGUAAAAUAUAGAUGAGAAAGUAAAAUUAGUUUGAAUAAAUACAAAUUUAUUUUAGUUUAUAUAAAUUAAUAAGGAUAUUUUAAUAUUCUAGACAUAAAGACAUGAGUAUUUUAUAUUAUACUACACACUGUUGUUUAAUUAUAAUGAUCCAUCUAAGGAAUGUAUUUGCUGCACUAUUAUAAGAGCUUGUUUCUGCUUUAGUCAUUGCAGCAAAAAAGAAAAGAUAGUUUUAUACAGAGCCAUUUUGUACCUCCAAAGAAACCUGUUGAGAAAUUUAAAAAAUAUUAUAGCAAUGUACGUGAAUUGAUCGUAUUAAUUUCUUAUGGUUAUUAUAAAAAUAUAUUACAUAAACUUAAAUUUUGUAGGAAACUUUAAAAUGUGCAAAACAUUUGGGCAAUUGAACCCAUUCUUCACCAGAUUCUGGUUAGUGCCAAUAAUACAUUUUUAUACUGCAGUAGACACUACAGUCAUUUUUUGUUUACCAAGUUCUUUAAAGACCUGCACAUACACUUUUAUUGAAUGGUUUUGAAGAAAACACUCUAAAAACAUCAAAAUCUCUUGACAUGAGACCAAAUUCUGAAGUUCUUACUCAGACAAAGCUAUUGCUGAUGUUGCUAAUUUUUGCCUUUAGUAAAUAUUGAGUAAAAACUGAGAAAGAACCUCAGGAUUUGGGCAGCAGUGCACCUCUGAGGUGGAACAGAAUUAAAAGAAGUUAACAAAGAAACACGUUAAAUACGGUAUUGAUUUAAAGUCUGUUUUCUUUUUUACAGCCUAGAGAGAGAGAAUCUCUCUCAGUCACAUUAGGGAGACUUUCAGCAAGCUGUGUAAGGAGAGAAAAGCAAAACUCAGUGGGAGAGCUUUCUUCAUUUUUAAGUGUUUUAAGAAAUUGAGAAAGCUUUGCAAUUAAUCAUUAUUUGCUUCAGAAGUUACCUUUAUAGGCACAUUUCAUCUUAGCAGAAAUAUUUUUAGAAAGCAAAUGUAACCAGGGACAGUAUUUUUUUUUUUUUUUUAAACGAGAAUAGCAAUCUAUGAGCCUAGUCGCACAGACCUUCCUCACACAAAGUUAAUUCAGUGCAACUCUUCCUGUGACUAAGGACUGUAGGAUUGGACCCUAUGGUUGGAUGAAAUUUUUAAGUGUAGCAUGUACUUUAUGGUAAAUGUGCAUUAGACAUUCUGCUAAUUUGCUGCUACGUUUUUCUAACAGCUACGUUAUUUAGGUUCAUGUAAAUUUUGAUAAAUGGUAAACACUAAUGUAAUUAACAGCUACGUAUGUGUUUGGAAAAAGUCUCGUACUAUAUUUCUGUCACCAAAAAUAGUUAAAUACCUCAAUCAAUCUCAGAAUGUUAUUUUGGUACUUUGCUGGUCACACAAACCAUUAUACAGCCGUAUGAAGAGUUGUGUCUUGCGGUUUCUAUUUAACUUUCCAUAUGUCAGUGGGUUUUUUUUCUCUCAAAGUUUAAUAAAUUUAUUUUCUUUGA